AUGGAUCUUUGGGAAGCUUGGAGCAUCCAACUACUAGUACUGUCUGGCCUCGUGUUUCAAAUCACUCUGGCCAUCCUUGGCGGCCGGAGGAGAUAUAUGACUGGCCUAGUGAUAAGGUUUGUUGUAUGGUCCUCCUACUUGCUUGCGACUUAUGUCGCCACCCUAGCUCUCAGCAAGCUCACAGUAAUCCGUGUCCAUGAUCCGGAAAAACCCAAACACGAAACAGAGCUAGAGGCACUCUUAGCGCCGUUGCUUCUGAUGCAGCUCGGGAACCCAGAUAGCAUAACCGCGUACUCGGUUGAAGACGACCGGCUAGGGAUAAGAAAAGUACUAAACUUUGUCUUCUCCGUAGGUUUCGUGGUUUGGAUCCUUAUCCGUUGUUGGGCCACCUCAGCCGCUGCUUCAUUGUACUUCCCAAUCUUUGUUGCUGGAACGAUUAAGUAUGGAGAAACGAUUCGGGCUCUCAAAUCGGUGUACAGCCAAAACAUGAGUAUAACAUUGAAGAACAUUGAUGAAGAAAAGAACAUCCCCAAGUUGAUCCAAGACCUACCCACCAACAUCCCAGGCUUAGAUAUCUUCGUGAAGGCUUAUUACCGCUUCAACACUUUGAAGCCCCACCUUGAGAACUGGCUAUACCACCCCAUGUUCAUGUCGCACCCCUGGACAUCGAUAGAAGAAUACAAUGCGGAGAAUGCCUAUUUGACAACUGCCAUCGAGCUAGGAUUUAUGUACGACGUCCUCUAUACUAAGGGUCCAGUUCUUUAUACUAGGCUCGGCAUCAUGUUGCGGUUGAUUAGUUUCUUCAGUUUGGUAUCGACCUUAAGUGGGUUUGCAGGAAUUUUUCAAAAUUCUUUCUUGCUUGACAUGUAUGUGGCCUAUACAUAUGCUCUGCUGAUCGGGGUGACAGUUUUGGAAAUUUACCAAAUCUUGAUUCUGCCAUUCUCAGAUUGGGCAAUAGUGAGGAUCGUUGAGCAUUGCAGGAAGCCGAUGGUGUCAACUCUUCUACCUUUUCUCGUGAAAAUGUCCAUGAAAAAGAAGAGAUCCACAGGUAUGAUCGGGCAGUUCAAUAUGUUAGAAUUUUGCCUGGAUAAGAAAUGGUCAAAGUGCAUCAAAGUCCUUCGAUUUGUUGGCCAGGAGGAGCAGUUCAAGAGAUCUUGGAAAUCCACUCGCGAAGCAAUCAACACGAAUCUGAAAGAACUGCUCCUAGAAGGCAUAAAGGAUUUGGAGAGGAAAAGAGGUGUAAAACCCUUCACUAAUAGAGGCCGAUGGACACUCGAGCUUCACAAUUCAUGGGAUGAACUAGGAUGGAGCAUCGAGAUGGCAUUCGACAGAAGCAUCAUCACGUGGCACAUCGCAACAGAUAUUUGCUAUCACUUGAAUUUUCAGGACACGAAGAAUUGCUUGGGAAGCAAGCUACUGUCGGAUUACAUGAUGUACCUCCUUGCAAUACGGCCUUAUGUAUUGUCGCUCACCACCUAUGAGAUCACCUUUCAGCGUGCUUACUCCAAGGUCAAGAAAUUUCUGGAGGUUUCAAUCUCAGGCAACAGAGACAGCGCCUUGGAAAAGUUAUCGGCCGACCAUUUGCAAGAAUUUGACUCAGAGCCUGGCAUGGGCGAUAUAAUCUUCAAAAAGUGGCAUGUCCUUGAGGAGGCGCAAAGACUCGCAGGCCUGCUGAAUAAGAUGAAUGAUCCAUGGAAGCUUAUAAGCAGCGUUUGGGUGGAGAUCGUGUGUUACACAGCUUAUAAUUGCCGGAUUUAUAACCAUGCGAAGCUUUUGAGGCAAGGCGGAGACAUUCUAACACAUGUGUGGCUUCUGCUAGCACACAGGACGGACAAGUUUCAUUCUAUGAAACUCAUGAGUCAAGAGAUUUGA